UUGGAAAGUGUCAAAUCACAUGCAAAGCUCUAAGCCUUUCAGUUGCUUUGGAGUGUAGCACCAUUUCAGACAUGCUGAGGAGGACUCUGCUGUGUAUGGUGCUGGGGCUCCUGCGGGCCCAGCUCUUCCCCUGCCCGCAAGGCUGCAGGUGCGUCUUCCGGGACGCCGCGCAGUGCUUUGGAAGAAAUGUGGACAGCAUCCCUGCGCUGGGCUUGCCCACCAACCUCACGCACAUCCUGCUCUUCCGAAUGGGCCGCGGCGCCUUGCAAAAUCACAGUUUCAGUGGCAUGACGGUCCUGCAGCGCCUGAUGCUCUCAGACAGCCACAUUUCUGACAUCGCUCCUGGUACCUUCGAUGACCUGAUAAAACUAAAAACCUUGAGGUUGUCGGGCAACAAAAUCACUCAUCUCCCUGGUGCGCUACUGGAUAAGAUGGUGCUCCUGGAACAGUUGUUUUUGGACCAUAAUUUACUAAGAGGUAUUGCUCAGAACAUGUUUGAGAAAUUGGUUAACCUGCAGGAGCUCUGUUUGAACCAGAAUCGACUAGCUUUCCUUCCUGCUAGCCUCUUCACACAUCUGAGGAACCUGAAAUUGUUGGAUUUGUCGGGAAACAAUUUGACUCAUCUGCCCCAAGGAUUGUUUGGGGCACAGGCUAAGCUUGAGAAACUUCGGCUCCGCUCGAACCAGCUCAUCUCUCUGGAUUCCGGGCUGUGGGAUAGCCUGGGCGCCCUGAAUGAACUGCAGCUCGAUAGAAAUCACAUCCGUUUCAUCGCACCUGGUGCUUUCGACCAUCUCCGAAACCUGAGCUAUUUAACUCUUUCCAGAAACCACCUCGAGUUUCUGCCUUCCGCACUCUUUCUUCAUUUGCACAAUUUGACUCUUUUGACUCUUUUCGAGAACCCGCUGGAAGAGCUGCCGGAGGUGCUCUUCGGGGAGCUGGCCGGCCUGCAGGAGAUGUGGCUGAACCGAACCCGGCUCCGCACUCUUCACGAUGCCGCCUUCCGCAACCUGAGCCGCCUGCAAGUCUUGGGGGUGACCCUGAGCCCCCGUCUGAGCGAGCUCCCAGAGGGCGCCUUCAGGGGCCUCGGCGAGCUCCGGGUGCUCGCCCUGCACUCCAACAAUCUGGCCUCUCUCCCCGAGGGCUUGCUGCGCGGCCUCCGCCGGCUGCGGGAAGUCUCGCUGGGCAACAACAAGCUGCAGGCUCUGCCCCGCGCGCUCUUCUACAACCUCAGCAGUCUAGAGAAGGUCCAGCUCGACCACAACCAGCUGCAGACCCUGCCUGGCGACGUGUUUGAGGCUCUGCCUCGGCUGACGGAGGUCCUGCUGGGGCACAACCCCUGGCGCUGCGACUGUGACCUGUGGCCCUUCCUGGGGUGGCUGCGGCAGCGGCCAGGCCGCGUGGGCCGAGCCGAACCCCCGCGGUGCCGCGGCCCGGGGCAGCGCGCCGGCCUGCCGCUCUGGGCCCUGCCGGAGAGAGACGCGGAGUGCCCGGGCACCCGGCGGCCGCCUCCCCACCCUCCCGCAGGCGGCUCCUCAGAAGCCCCCACCCACCCGGCCCCCCCCGGCAGCCCCCUGCCCGCGGCCCUCGCCCUCACUGCCUCGGAGCCCAACAGCUCAGAAUUCUGGGCGUGGACCCAGCUGGUGGCCAAAAGCAAGCGUCAAGACCACAGCCUGUUCUGGGGUCUUUAUUUUCUGCUUUUGGCCGUACAAGCCGUAAUAACCGGGAUCAUUGUGUUUGCUAUGAUUAAAAUCGGCCGCCUCUUUCGAAAAUUAAUCAGAGAGAGCGCUCUUUUCUAAGUCAGUGGGAAAACUUCGUAAUUAUUUAAAGCAUGGCCAGAGUAUUGUCUAACAUGGCUCUGGGGAGAAUCCAGACUGGCUGCUGCCGCUACUGUCCUCUCCCGUUCCUCCUGCUCUCUCCCUCUUCCUUCCCACUUCUUCCCCCUUCUCUCUCUUCCCCUUCCCAUUCCUUUUCCUCAUUUCUCCCUCUUCCUCCUCUCCCCCACGUCUCCCUUU